GACGUAAUUAUCUUUCGUCGCCAUAUGUCGAAACUCUCAGAGGUCUUGAACAUGGACAAAACAGAUUAAUUACCAACAUCGCUUCUUUAUGCAACGUAGACACCAUUGGAUACGGACAAGGUUGUGUAACACUCAAGAAAUAUCAAACUAUUCAAGGACGAGAAAUACAGUUUACAUCUGCGCAUCGGCUUCAUAAGAGAGAGAAUCACUUCCAAUCAUGUUGCGGACAUUGCUAGUGGCUCUCGGUGUAGCCCUUGCUCAUGGCAUCACGGUAGAGGAGACGGCGUAUUUCGGCACCACCGGGGCACCUGAGGGGAAUACUGGUAUCACUGGAUGGGUGACUGUCACCUCCAGCGGAUCGAACUGGGUAAUUCAAAGUAACAACAUACCAGAUCAUGAAACAGGUACCUUUCCCGGGAACCACAACCCCAAUUCCAUCCUUGAGCAGACGGUUAGCCGCACCGUCCCCAAGGAACCCCAGGUAGCUACCACCACCACCUGUCUCCCCGGUGGACCCAUCGGCAUCGCGGUCAACGGCAUCGCCAUUUUCAACCCAUGGGACGCUGACGGCGAGAACGCGGUGGAGGGCGAAGGCGCCGAGGUCUUUGACAUGUGCGAUGGUCAUCCGGAUCAGCGCGGAACAUACCAUUACCACCGGGAGCCAUCCAGCUGUCUCUUCGAUGUCAACCCUGGCGUGUCCUCACCGAUGGUCGGCGUCGCCUUCGACGGCUUUGCAAUCUACGGCCCCGUCGACGAGAGCGGAAACACGCUGACCUCGGCCGAUCUGGACGAGUGCCACGGCCGCUACAACUCGGACGGAGUCUACCAAUACCACACCACCUCCGACUUCCCCUACAUCCUCGGGUGCUACAGAGGCACCCCUCAGGGUGUCAACACCGGUGGCAGCAACUGCUACAAGGCCGCUGAUGCCGAUGAAGCAGGCAAUAUUGCUGGUGGGAGUGGUGGUGAUGGUGGUGGAGGGGCUCGGCCACCCCCUCGACCACGCCAAAGGCGCUCUGGACCUCCAGCCAACGCCCUGGUACCGCAGAACCUCUUCCAGAGGAGGCUACCAGCAGGAUACCGGGAAUUCCUCCAGAAGGUCAUCUUUAAACGAUAAAAUACAAAACGAGAUUAUAUUCAAAUGAAUUAACAAGUACAUCAUUUACGUAAAUAAAAAAAAUAAUACUGAAAUUCAGACAA